AUGGUUGUAUUGAAGAACAUCGCCGGCCUCGCGCUGCUGCUGGCACAGUCUGCGACUGUCCAGUCCAUGGACCUCGACAGCAGAGAGGGUAUCCUCGACGCUUCCAAGGCCCUUGCUGGAGACCUUAUUGAGUUUUAUAAGGGUAACAAGACCGGCGAGACUCCUGGUCUCCUGGAUCCUGGGAGUAAGCUGGGUGAUGGUUACUAUUGGUACCAGUCAGGAGCCUUCAUGAGCGCCUACGUCGAUUAUUGGCAAUUGACCGGCGAUGACACGUACAACGAUCUGGUUAGAGAGGGUCUCGAAUGGCAAGUGGGAAAGGACAAAGAUUUCAUGCCGACCAACCAAAGUACAUCCAUGGGAAAUGAUGAUCAGGCUAUCUGGGCGAUGGCCGCCAUGUCAGCUGCUGAAUAUGGCUUCCCCGCUCCUACUGAUAAGAAGACCCAGUGGUAUGAUGUUGCCAAGAAUGCUUGGGACAUGAUGCGUGAGCGAUGGGAUAUCGAAGACAAUGGUGUCUGCUAUGGUGGUCUGCGAUGGCAGAUCUUCCAGUUCAAUACUGGGUAUGACUACAAGUCAACUCUCUCUAACACGCUGUUCCUAAACCUUGGAGCGCGUAUCGACAGGUUCGCUGAGAGCGCUGCCGUCGCCGACUAUGUGACCAUGGCUUACUCAUGGCUCGAAAUGCGAGAGUUGAUCGACGACAAAACUAGCGCUGUUUAUGACGGUACACAUACAACCGACAACUGCACCACCAUAAACAAAGUUCAAUGGUCUGCCAACGCCGCAUCGUUGUCCAUGGGUCUCGCCUACGUUUACAACAAGACUGGCAAUUCCGGCGAACCCAGCAUGUGGAAGGACGCCGUGGAGGAGAUUGCCACCAUGACCCUCAAGACCUUCUUCACCAAGGAGGGCAAAUUCAAGGAAGUUGCGUGCUCAAAGGACACAUGCCCUCCAGAUAUCCUCACAUACAAGGCUCUCACUCACAGAUGGCUCGCUGUGACUGCCCAGCUUGCUCCCUUCCUGUCCGGCAAGAUCAUGCCCGUUCUCCGAAAGUCAGCCAAGAGCUUGCAGGCAGAGGGUAAUGGCAAGGAUGCGCUGGAGCAGAAGCUUGCAAACUUUGCCGUCGUUUCCAACUUGUUGAUUGCGGAUGGCACUGCUCCCAUGAAGCAGAAGGAUGCCAAGACCAAGACUGAAGAGGACUCUUCAGAUGCCACCAGCUCAGCUACCGAUUCGGCUACUGGCUCAGCCACCAGCACUAGCGCUGCUGCUGAGGCGACAGUCCCUGAAGAUAGCUCUGCCAAAAGCCUUGCUGGCUCUGGUAGCGCCUUGGCCCUUUCAUUGCUAGUUGCGGCUUCCCAGUGGCUUCUCUAG